CAAGGUAGGAUAGAAGUCCUGCAUGAUAACAAAUGGGGCACGGUUUGUGAUGAUGAAUUGAAAAAUCCGGUAUGCCGUGUUGUUUGCAAACAAUUAGGAUACAGCAAUGGGACAUGUGUGAAAGAAUACAAUGAUAACAAUUUUCCAAUCUGGUUAGGAAGUGUGAAAUGUAAUGGCAAUGAAAAUAACAUUGAUGAAUGUCAGUUGACGAAUUGGGGUGAAGCAAAUUGUAUACAUAAAGAAGAUGCUGGUUGUAUUUGUUCU